UUUACCCUACCGAGCGAAGCAUCAUUCAGCUAUCUUGGAAUUCCAAUCAAACCUGGUGGACUUAUUGACACUGCUGCCCUCAUCAAUCUCAACACUAAAAAAGCUAGAUCCUCUAUGAAUCAAAUUUCCUCUCUUGGAGUCAAUCACAAAGGGUUUAACCGCUUACUCUCAGUACGUUUCUACAGACAAAUGAUACGAUCACAAAUGGAAUAUGGUCUUGCUAUCUGUGUCUUGAAUAAUAGUCACUUUAAAAAACUUGAAGCUUGUCAAAAUGAAUGCAUUCGAUGUAUUUUUAGUGAUUCUGCUAGAUCAUCAACCAAAGUAAUGCUGCACCUAGUACAACAACCUUUUAUGACAGCCCGAGCUAUUAUUCUGCAAGCCGAAUACCUUAUUCGAUCAAUGCAACUACCCGACGAUACAUUACUGAACAAACUUCUACCUCAUCUUCAAAUAGAAUGUGUCCCUAUCUUGGACGAACUUGAUAGAAAGGUUUUCAAACGGCUCUGUCUGCGUUUUCAAAAAACUCAAUAUGAAAACCUCUGUCAGGGUUUAAAUUCCAAGCUGAUUCGUGCAUGUCGUCCUAAUAUGAUCAUCGAUCCAAUUCUUUGGCUGCCCAUGACGAAUACGGAAAGAAGCCAAGUCAUCCGCUGGCGCCUCGGUUGGCUACCUGGCGAUAUACCUCGUCCAUCUAAAACGCUCACAGGAUGUGGCUCCUUGGACAAUCCGUUGGCCAACUAUUUGUAUCAUCCUACAUGAAAUGGAUUAUCUCUUUCACGAAAAACUACCUCCAUAUCCUCCCUCCGAACCUGGUUCACUACUGGUGAAAUAGUUACUCAACUAACAGUGCUAAUAUCCUUAUAUUGUUUAUGAAUUUUAUCUUACUUUCUUUUUUUUUUUCUUCCAAUUACUUUAUUUCUGUCUAACUCGUUAUAUUUAUUUUAUCCUUUU